AUGCUGGCUGUCCCACCGCCGCCCCCCCCCCCGUCUGCAGCCGCUGAGCAGCCGCAACCGGCUCGGCGGCACCAGCGGCAGCGCGGUACCGGCACCGGAGCUCAGCUCCGGGAGGGGGACUGGAGGAGGAACGGGAACAAAUUCCGUAAGGUCCCCCGGCGGCAGGCCCCCCCUGCCCGCAUGCCUGCGAUGCAGCCCCCGGAGCCGGGCUGGGACAGUGGAGGCCCUUCCAAUGGCAGUUGGCCCAACUCUACCACAAAUGAGAGCCACCUCCCGAGGAAGAACUACACCUUCUUGGCGUACUACCAGCAUUCCUCCCCUGUGGCUGCUAUGUUCAUCCUGGCCUACACCUUCAUUUUCCUCAUGUGUGUGAUUGGCAACAUCCUGGUGUGCUUCAUCGUGGUGAAGAACCGCCAGAUGCGGACGGUCACCAAUGUGUUCAUACUCAAUUUGGCCAUCAGUGACCUGCUGGUGGGCAUCUUCUGCAUGCCCACCACCUUGGUGGACAACCUCAUCACAGGCUGGCCCUUUGACAACACCAUGUGCAAAAUGAGUGGCCUCGUGCAGGGCAUGUCUGUCUCUGCCUCUGUUUUCACACUGGUGGCCAUCGCUGUGGAAAGGUUUCGCUGCAUCGUCCACCCCUUCCGGCAGAAGCUAACGCUGAGGAAAGCCCUGAUGACCAUCGCCAUCAUCUGGGUGCUAGCCCUGCUCAUCAUGUGCCCUGCUGCCAUCACCCUGACUGUCACCAGGGAGGAGCACCACUUCAUGGUGGACACCUAUAAUAAUUCCUACCCCCUCUAUUCCUGUUGGGAGGCCUGGCCUGAGACAGGGAUGAGAAGGAUCUACACCACUGUCCUCUUCUCCCACAUCUAUGUGGCCCCCCUUGCCCUUAUCAUCGUCAUGUACACCCGCAUUGCCUUCAAGCUCUUCAAGUCAGUGGCACCUGCCCAUGGCCAAGAGGAGCCAGAGGGGAGGAAAGUCUCCCGGAGGAAGGCCAAGGUCAUCAACAUGCUGAUCAUUGUCGCCCUCUUCUUCACUCUCUCCUGGUUGCCCCUCUGGACACUGAUGCUGCUGACAGACUAUGGCCAGCUGAGCGAGGGCCAGCUCCGCCUCGUCACUGUCUACAUCUUUCCCUUUGCCCACUGGCUGGCCUUCUUCAACAGCAGCGUCAACCCCAUCAUCUACGGCUACUUCAACGAGAAUUUCCGACGAGGCUUCCAGGAGGCCUUCAGAGCCCCCAUCUGCUCCCUCCACUGCCAUCACCAUCCCCACCACCAUGGGCCCUACACCCCUAGGAGCCAUGGGAUCUUCUUUGGUGCCCGCAACCGUGUCUUCACGCAUGCACGGGCCAGUGAUUCACCACCUGCCUCUGAGUCAGGGCCAUUGGCACCGCGCCGCACCGGGGUCCAUGCGUGGGACAGCUGAACAGCCAUGGCACCUCUGGACCAAGGGCCUGCGGGGUGGGAAAUGAGGGACUUCUCCACAUCAAGGAACAGGUUGCCCAAAUUAGUGACAAAUGCACCUGUUGAACACUCCCUG